ACGCAAACACACACCAGCAGUUGUGUGCAGUUCCUCGGUACUCUCAUUCAGUGGAAAGUGGAGGUCAGAUGUAAACGGGAGACAAGAAGUAGCUGCUUUUCCAAUGUGGACAAGAUCAGAGUAAAGAGUGAACAUCGUAAAGUCUCUGCAAAUGGAGCAACCGUCCUACGGCGAGGUGAAUCAGCUGGGCGGCGUGUUUGUGAACGGUCGGCCUCUACCCAACGCCAUCCGCGUGCGCAUCGUGGAGCUCGCGCAGCUCGGUAUUCGCCCGUGCGAUAUCAGCCGCCAGCUGCGCGUCUCUCACGGCUGCGUGAGCAAGAUCCUGGCCCGCUACCACGAGACAGGCUCCGUGCUGCCGGGUGCCAUUGGCGGCAGCAAGCCGCGCGUGACCACACCCAACGUGGUGAAAAGCAUACGGGAGUAUAAGCGCGCGGACCCGGGUAUGUUUGCCUGGGAGAUUCGGGACCGGCUGCUGGCCGACGGUGUGUGCGACAAAUAUAACGUACCGUCGGUGAGCUCCAUCAGUCGCAUUUUGAGGAAUAAGAUUGGGAACCUGUCGCAGCCUGGACAGCACGAGACCGGCGUUAAACCUCACGCCCCGCCGAUUCCUUACAGCCCUGUGUGUGCUUAUCCCUACCCCAACGCCAUCUCACCUACCGGCACAAAACUCGGCGGCCCUCCUGGUGUCGGGGUCGGUCUGUCUCGGGCCUGGCCUUCAGUGCACACCGUCAGCAACAUCUUAGGGAUACGAGCUUUCAUGGACCCCUCAGCUAUCGCUGGACCAGAGGGCUAUCAGCAGAAAAUGGAGGAGUGGCCAUGUGUAAACAGAACAUCAUUUCCCUCCCAUGCAGUUAACGGCCUUGACAGAUCACCUAUAGACACGGAUAUAAAAUACAAUCAGUCUCCCUCGAGUCUUAGCGGAUAUAUGCCCCCCUGCCCCUAUUCUUCCCCCAGUCAGUGCGGGGUGUACGGGGCAAACUAUGGGCAUCACUGGCAGCCUCAGGGAACAGGCCUGGCGCACAACGACUCACACCUUCACACUGCCAUGAACUUCAAACAUCCAUCAGAUGUGGCAGACAGAAAACCUCCGAGUCCUCUGAUUAAGCAGCAGCAUGAUGUACUGAGCAGCGCUCACAGCCUGGCCUUACCCACUUCAGCCUCAUAAACGUGGACACACGCCCACACAGUUCAAAUGAACGCUUCUCCUGUUGUCCUAAUUUAAAUAGUAAGUAAAACUAUGCCGUAAAUGUUCAGUAAAAUUCUACACCGCUAAAAACAAACACGAGCGCAGGUUAUCAUAUCACUUUGAAUAAUAUUGGUGAUUGUAAAAGCCAAAUGCGUGCAAUGCACUUCUCCUGACAUGACAUACGAGCUCCAUAACAUUGGUCACCUCACUCAUUUUAAUUGGUAUUACUGGGAAAAAAAACAAAGUCUUUACACUAUUUAAUUGAUUUUCUUUCAAGCAAGUUAUACAAAAAAUAUACAGUGCGAAUAUCGACUGUUUGGGGAAUAUGCGUAAUUUUUAUCCAGCUGUCUACUUCAGUUUAUAUCAAUGUUUAUGAUUGCCUUACUUGAAAACUUUGUAAAAACGCAUCAGAAACAUUAGAUAACUGGGUAGAAUUUAGCUAGGUGCUGUUAGUAUUUAAUUCCAAAUGAACACAAGCAAAGCUUUCACUAAGGAUUAUAAUAUAAGCGGAUAGACUAGUCUUUUUUUGCCCUGUAAUAAAAAUCUGACAGCAUUAUUUACACGGUUGUCAAAUUGGGCUCCAACCAGCUGUUAUUAUUACUAAAUAACACUGGGAAUACAAAAGUGACACAUGAGCCUGCAGCUAUAACCUAAUCUUAUUUUAUCGAAUAUUCGUGAUAUCUUCAUAAAUCACAUUUAAAUGUUACAGUCUGUGCUUGGUGAUAUUAAAUUGCUGAGGAUUUCAAACAUUUGGCUGAAUUUAACAUAACAUUCCUGAUUGCUGUUUCAAAGGGAAAUUUCAGAAAAAAGGGGGUUAUUAUACUAGUAUAACUUUAACUGUACAGGAAGUUUGAAAAAGGGUUAAAAUCGGUAAUUAAUUUAAUUUUCAUUGUUGGAACUGUGGACCACAGGUGAUUUCUGCAAUAUUUGCAGUCAGUUUUGUGUCUUUGGACAGUGUAAUGACAUUUAAUUUUAUACUAAGUUUAAUUAAAAAGAAAUGAUAAACCUAAAAAUGCAAUGAAAUUGUUGUUGUGUUGAUGAAUA